AUGCUUUUGUUCAACUUCAUUCUCUGCUCUGCAGCAAUUGCUGUUGCUCUUCCUACCCCUGAGAGCUCUGAAGGCGAUCAAUCCCAGCCCUUCUCUCGGACUGGGCUCGCACCUUGGAACGCCGGAGCCGUGAAUCAAUUUCCUAUCCACCCAAGCUGCAAUGCAACCCAGCGUCGCCAGAUUGAGCUAGGUCUUAAUGAGACUAUUGCUCUUGCUGCACAUGCUCAAGAUCAUAUCUUGAGAUGGAAAAAUGAGAGUGAGAUCUACCGAAAAUACUUUGGUGACCGCCCAUCCAUGGAAGCCAUCGGGGCAUUUGAUAUCGUAGUCAACGGUGACAAGAAAGACGUUUUGUUUCGCUGUGAUAAUCCAGACGGAAAUUGUGGCAUUGAGGGUUAUGCCGGACAUUGGCGAGGCGAAAAUGGCACAGAUGAGACAGUCAUCUGUGAUCUGAGCUACGAAACUCGUCGCUCUCUCUCAACCAUGUGUGGCCUUGGAUACACAGUUUCAAAAUCCGAGACCAAUACCUUCUGGGCCGCUGAUCUACUGCACCGUCUAUAUCACGUUCCUGCCAUCGGGCAGAAGUGGAUAGACCAUUUUGCAGACGGAUACGAAGAGGUCGUUGACCAGGCGAAGAAAAAUGCGACGCUUUCGACACAUGAUUCAGAAACCCUUCAGUACUUUGCACUGGAGGUAUAUGCUUACGACAUUGCUGUGCCGGGGAUUGGUUGUUCAGGUGUUCAAAAUGAGCAUGAUGAACCUCACAUUGACCAAACAACAUCUGAGACUGUGACUAGCCAGCCAACUCCAACUGUGACAAAUACCGAUGCGCCUUCAACAACUACCGAGGUACCCCCAAAUUGCCAUACACAUGAAGGAGGCGAGCUCCACUGCACUUGA